AGCCUCGAUCGCAGCCAAGGCGACCAUCAUCAUACAUACAUAGUGUCAUUGAAAUCACGUAUCAGUAGAUAGUCAGUCAUUGACAUAUAGACUUAUUAUUUCUCAAGACCCUGUAGACACUGGGUCUUUGGCUUCAUAUAUAAUCUCUUGCUGUGAGGUGAACGUACUGUUUCGGAUUCCAUAUUAAUAAAAGAUCAGAAAAUAAACCUCUAAACACAUACGUAUUCUUAAAGAUAUACCAUAACACUUCCAAAUCUACUAUCACAACAACCAUGUCAGCUCACGGAAGCUCUAACACGGGGGCCAAGACACAAACCGGCAUGGCAUCGGCGACCACAACGCCCGCCAACGCCGGUCUUGGCGGCGACAAGCCCAAGGCCUUCGACGCCGAAGGGACCAUCGGCAAGCAGUUCACAGAACAAGGCGCACUCGGCGGCGCGGCGCAGAAGGUCGGUGGCCCGUUAGACAAGGAGGGCAUGAUUGGCAAGCAAUUCACACCGGAGGGCAGUAUCGGGGGCUCAGUACAGUCCGCGAUGGGCGGUACCAAGGGGAGGAGUAAUUAAUUAAUUAGAUAUCUGUCUUCUGCCUCUCGCAACGCUGUCUUCAACAUGUAGCAUAUGUACAACAAACAACAAACACAUUAACUAGAUCACGAAAUAAAUAAAUAAAUAAUGAAGCA